CUUUCUGUAUACCCGGGUAGCUAUGAUCAUCGCUUUUGUUGCUCCAAGAGGGGAAGACUUCUAGGAUGGUUCUUUGAAUAAGGACGCCAAAAGUGCGAAGUGACUAGAUGUGAGCCGAGGCGCAGACCACUGGGUCAUGCGAGAUACAGUGGCUUCCUGAAUAGGAAUGCCUUCCCUGAUAAAGAGACUGGAUAUAAUGGACGAAGAUCAAUUAAUGGAAGAAGUCUUGGCUAAGUUUAUUAAUUCUCAUGAGCAGACGUAUGAAGAAUUUCUGAGCACUUUCACUCAUCUUUCAAAAGAGGAUAACAUGACCAAAAGGGGAGCAUUUGGGCCAGAUGCUUCAGGAAACACGUUUACCUCAGUAGAAUUUACUCGUAAAAGUGAACCGCAUGACCAUCAUCUUAGAAAUAAGUCUACUUUUCUUUGUACUUCAUCAGAGCGUGUAGAAGAAGAACAGAUAGUGUUGGACGAAGGCCAAAAGGCUGGCAGUUUCUUUCAAGGUGAUCUGAACUGGCGAGGAAAGGUGAAGGUGGACAAUUUCCUAGAUUUAGAAGAUAUGGAUGUAGAUGAAGAAAUGGAGCCCCAAAUGAGCAAAGAUUUGCUGCUGCUUCCAGGAGAAGUGGAAGAGGACAUAAGCAGCUGUGUUCCUUCUUACAUUCCUUCUGCAUACCAGUCAUGUACCACGGAAGAGAAGCUGAAGCCCACUAUGAAAGGAAAAGAACAAAAGGAGGAGAUACUCGGAGAUGAAGUUCAGCCCUUUUCACUGGAUGAAGACUUUGAUUAUGACAGUGUGACUCUGACUCCCAAGUUCACUUCCGCAGAGAUGGAGACCCUCAGGGAGCGACUGAAGCAAGAGAGAAAGAACACCAACCCUUACGUACGGGAACCCCACAGCUGAUACACAGGGCAUCUGUGUAUUUAUUUUUAUUUUGUUCCUAUUCAAACAACAUUAGAAUAAAAUAUAAACCAACUAUAUUUCCCUCUGUGGAAAUUUAUGUGAGUGCAUUCAGCGAUCAGUUACCUAUCAUUGGGAAAAUGGGGACAUUAACAGAACCAAAGCGAUUACUUCCCUUCCUGAAUUUUCUCUGCCAUAUCAUUGUAUCCUGUGACCGGUUGGGCGGCUAGGAAUGGGAAAUGGGAACAGGAGUGGGCACCUACUAAAGGGUCCCUUUGAUGAAAGAGCUGCAUAAGGUCCUGUGGGGUAUUGGGAUGAAGAUGUGAAACAUGAUCUCAUCUUCUUGGAGGUGAAGGACGAUUACACAUGUAAAAGAACACAGAGUGAAAUUGCUUAUAUGAGUAGGUCACUGGCCCUGGCUUUUUGUAGGAAUAGCAGAAUCCGUGUGAGUGUUGAGAGAUUAUGUUCUGGGAUGAACUGAAAGGGCUUUGGUGAAAAAGAAGACAUCUGAGAUUUGAUUAUGUGUCAUUCACAGAAUCCUUGCAGUUUAUUAUUACCAUUAAACUACAUGUGAUGAUAAAGUCUCUGUGCUCUGUCUCUGGAAGAUCAAAAUACAGUUUGAAAGGGCAAGAUGACUAGAGAAGUAAAACCUAUUAGGACACGCUAUUUAUGUAGAAUACCCACAAGUGCUUGAAGGGGACAGGAAAGAUGGGUAAAGGCCCAGAACAGGGCCCUGAUGCAAUUUUUAUUGUUGAACAUAUCCGUAGCAAAUCAAAUGUAUUUAGUCAUAAUUAGUUUAAUUUUAUUUUCACCUUUUAGUAGACUUUAAUUUUAAAUCAGUUUUAGGUUCACAGCAAAAUUGAAGAAGAAAGUGGAAUGUCCGCAUACACCCCCUGCCCCUACUCUCACUCCCCAACUACCUGUACUCUGCACCAGAAACUAUAUUUGUUUUGUAUUACUUGUCCUUUUCUUCCCCUGGAGUAAGGCCGCUUCACAUGAGAUCUACCAUCUUAAAUUUUUGAGUAUGUAGUACAGUGUUAGGAACGAUAUGCAUAGUAUUAUACAGCAGCUCUCUAGAUUUUAUUUAGGUGUAACUUAAACUUCACGUGCACUGAACAGUAACUCCUCAUUUUCCCCUCCGCCCCGGCCCCCAGCAACAACCAUAUUACUCUGUGCUUUUAGGAGUGUGAUUAUAAUGGAUGCUCCGUAUCUGUGAACAGGUAAUAUUUGUUUUUCUGUUAUUGGCUUAUUUCACUUAGUGUAAUGUCCUCCAGUUCAUCCAUGUUGAGUACGGCAGGAUUUCCUUCUUUUGAGAGGCGAACAGUAUUGCAUUGUAUGUGUAUUCUCCCUUCACUUAUCGGUCACGGGACAUCGAAGUUGUCUCCAUAUCUCGCCAUUGUGACUAAUGCUGCAGGUGUUACAUGCAUGCUGUGUGUGUAUGAUGAAUCGUGUAUAAGCAUGUGUAUGUAUUCAGAAAAAUUCCAUUUAUAUUCUUUACAGAAGAAUGCUCUCAAUUUCAUAUCAGGGCAGAGUCAAAUGACUUGCACAUGUAUUUUUAUUUAUUCAACAGAGUUUCAUAAAACACCAUUUAUGUCAUAGGUCUCAUUUAUAUUAGGCGAUAGAAAAGAUACAAGUAAAUUAAAUGUGGUCUGAUUUAGUGGGGAAGAGAGAUGAAUACACUGAUAAUUAUAGUCAAGCUGCACUGUCUGAUAUAAUAGCUACUAGCUGUGUCCUAGUGCACUAGAGCACUUGAAAUAUGGUUGGGAUGCCUGAGCAACUAUCUCGUGUUUUUUAAUGUUUAUUUCAAUUUAAAGUUAAAAAUUUGUACUUAAUUCUGCUAUUGGAAAACUUUCACUUACAUUUAGAACAACCUAGGUAUGUGAAUCUACUUUUUCAAGUGUAAAUUUUAUGAAAUCUGAAUACAAUUUUUUAUGGCAGCUUAGUGUCUAAAUUUAUAAUAUGCCAGAAAUGUAAAAU